UAGUAAAAAGUAAAAAAAAAAACAGUCGCACGAGGCUACAAAGCUAAAUUGAAUAUCAAAUUAAAUUGAAAUAAAAAUAGUUAGCAGCAUGGCGGAAACAGAGCCCGAGGUCGAGGUGAACGGUGAAGCCGAAGUUGAAGGGGAGGCCGAGGAUGAUUCCCAAGAGCAGGACAAAAAGCAAAAGAAGCAAACCCGUCACGAUGGCGGCGCCGCCGACUUGGAGCGUGUGACAGACUACGCGGAGGAGAAAGAAAUUUCAGCCGCGAAUAUCUCAAGUGCUGUCGAACAAUUUGGUAAUCAACGCAGCAAAGAGAACAAGCUGCGAGCGGCCAGGGAGAAUGAGCUGCAAAAGGUGCAGGUGAAGAAGGAGGACAUUGAACUGAUUAUGAACGAGCUGCUCGUGAGCAAGGCACAUGCUGAAAAGGUACUUCGGGAGCAGAGCGGCGAUGUGGUGGCUGCCCUAGAGGCCAUCAUUAGCAACUGAGGAAGCUGUCCAUCUGACCGGGCUUGGACCUAUUCUGGCAGUACUCGCCACCGUCUGUUUCUUUUACUUAGCAUAACACUGCUUUAUUUGUACAUUUAUAUAACUAGUAAAAACAAAAACAAGAAAUUUUAAAACA